AUAAAGUCCACGCAGACCGCGGAACCCAGAGUCUCCACAGAUCCGAGAUGGGGGCGAUGGCGCCGCGCACGCUGCUCCUGCUGCUGGCGGCCGCCCUGGCCCCGACCCAGACCCGCGCGGGCUCGCACUCGCUGCGGUAUUUCUACACCGCCGUGUCCCGGCCCGGCCUCGGGGAGCCCCGGUUCAUCUCUGUCGGCUACGUGGACGAGAAGCAGUUCGUGCGCUACGACAGCGACGCGGAGACUCCGAAAAAUGAGCCGCGGGCGCCGUGGAUCGAGAAGGAGGGGCCGGAGUAUUGGGAGAGGGAGACACAGAUCGCCAAGGACACCGAGCAGAUUUUCCGAGGGAACCUGAAGACCCUGCUCGGCUACUACAACCAGAGCGAGGGCGGCUCUCACACCAUCCAGCUGAUGUAUGGCUGUGAGUUGGGGUCGGACUGGCGCCUCCUCCGCGGGUAUGAACAGUUCGCCUACGACGGCCGCGAUUACAUCGCCCUGAACGACGACCUGACGACGUGGACGGCGGCGGACACAGCGGCGCUGAUCACCAAGCGCAAGUGGGAGCAGGCUGGUGCUGCAGAGAGUUGGAAGGCCUACCUGGAGGACGAGUGCGUGCAGUGGCUGCGCAGAUACCUGGAGAACGGGAAGGACGCGCUGCAGCGCACAGAUCCCCCAAAGGCACAUGUGACCCAUCAUCCUGGACCUAAAGGUGAUAUCACCCUGAGGUGCUGGGCCAUGGGCUUCUAUCCUGCCUUUAUCGACCUGACCUGGCAGAGAGAGGAGGAGGAACAGACUCAGGAUAUGGAGCUGGUGGAGACCAGACCUUCUGGGGAUGGAACCUUCCAGAAGUGGGCAUCACUGGUGGUGCCUUCUGGGGAGGAGCACAAAUACACAUGCCAUGUGCACCAUGAGGGGCUGCCUAAGCCCCUCACCCUGAGAUGGGAGCCUCCUAAGUCCACAGUCCCCAUCAUGGAAGUCAUUGCUGGUCUGGUUCUCCUUGGAGCUGUGACCAUCAUUGUAGCUGUGGUGGUUGUUGUAAGGAAGAGGAGGAGAAGCACAGGUGGAAAAGGAGGCAACUAUGCUCCAGCUCCAGGCAGGGACAGUUCCCAGAGCUCCGAUGUGUCUCUCCCAGACUGUAAAGCGUGAAGACAGCUGCCUGGUGUGGAUGGAGUGACAGACGAUGUGUUCAGGUCUCUCCUGUGACAUCCAGAGCCCCCAGUUCACUCUCAGUAAGAGUGUCUGUUGUUCCCUGUGAUCCUAUGGGCUCAACGUGAAGAACUGGGGAGCCCAGCCAGCAUAUCAGGACACUGUCCCUGCACUGCCCUGUUCCCUUCCACAGCCAACCCUUCUUGUCCUGCAGACAGGAGGGGACAUCUCCAUCCUGUCUCCCCCAUGCUACCUUAAAUUGCAGCCCCUGACUUCCCCACUGAAAAUAAGAAUCUGAAUGUGAACUUGAUUGAUUAUAUCUUUGAUCUGACAGUUUGAUUGGCAGCUAAAUUAAAGGAUUGAGCUAGAGUUUGUGGAGGAAAUAAAUGGCAGCGUGGAGAAUCUCCCAGAA